UCUCCGUGGGCCCCUGUGGGGGGGGGGCGGGGGGCGUGGUGGUGCCCUGUGUCACGUGACACGGACCAAGAUGGCUGCGCCCAUGGAAACCGGAAGCGGAAGUGGCUCUGCUGAGGCGCCGCGGGGCUGCUGCGACGCCGGUGGGGACCGGGGGCCCUCCUGAGCCCCCUCCCCACCAUGUUGCUGCUGCCCUGCUCCGCCCUUGCCCUCCUCCUGCUCACCUGCCUGGCCCUGGAGCCGCCCCCGCGCCGCCCCUCGCCCUCCAACCCCGCCUUCCGCCGCUUCCAGCGGGGAUUCCUGCUGGGAUACCUGCCGGCGCUGGCUGCAGACUGGCUGCAGGGCCCGCUGCUGUUCCGGCUGCUGCAGAGCCGGGGCUUCCUGCGCAGCCAGAUCGCCGCCCUCUACUCCUGCGGCUUCGCCUCCAACGUCGCCUUCGGCCUGGUCUCCGGUGUUUUCGUGGAUCGCCUCGGCCGCAAGAAGUCGUGCCUGUUGUCAUCGGGGCUGUGCUCCGUGUCCUGCCUGCUGCAGCUCUCCCGGGAUUUCCUGGCGCUGGCGGCCGGCCGGCUACUGGCGGCGCUCGGCACCUCGCUGCUCUUCUGUGCCUUUGAGGCCUGGUACGUCCACGAGCACCUGGAGCGCCACGACUUCCCGGCCGAGUGGAUUCCCGGCACCUUCUCGCGUGUGGCCCUCUGGAACAGCGGGCUGGCCGUGGCGGCCGGGCUGCUGGCCGAGGUGGUGGCCGAGGGGCUGGCGCUGGGCCCCGUGGCCCCGUUCCUGCUGGCCGUGCCCUUGCUGGCGCUCUCGGCGAUCUUUGCCGCGAAAAACUGGGACGAGAACUACGGGAAGAGCCGGCCGUGCUGUAAGGCCUGCGGGGAAGGCCUGCGGGGCCUCCUGUCUGAGCCCCGGGCGCUGCUCCUGGGGCUGGUGCAGGCCCUUGUGGAGAGCAUCCUGCUGGUCUUUGCCUUCCUUUGGACGCCCGUGCUGGACCCGCACGGGAUCCCGCUGGGCAUCGCCUUCUCGGGGUUCACGGCCGCCAGCGCCGCGGGCUCGGCCCUGUUCCGGCGCGGCGUCACCGGGAGGCUCCGGCUGCAGCCGCUGCGGCUCCUCUUCACCUCCGUGCUGCUGCUGGCGCUGUCCCUGCUGCUCUUGGCGCUGCCACUGUCCGCCCCCGGGGAUUUCCUGGCGGUGCUGCUGCUGCAGCUCUCCUGCGGGCUGUACUUCCCGGCCAUGGCGUUCCUGCGGCGCCGGCUGGAGCGCAGCGGGGACGCCGCGGCGGCGGCGCGGUGGCUGCGGCUGCCCCUGGGGCUGGCGGUGGCGCUGGUGCUGCCAGCGCUGCCCGCGGACCCCGCGGGGACACGGGCCGUGCUGGGGGCCGCGGCGCUGGCGGCGCUGGUGGCACUGGGGGCGGCCGGGGGGGUCCUGGGCACCGGCCGGGGGGACGAGGGGCUGAGGGUGGGGGAGGAGGGGCUGCUGGAGGGGGACCCCGGGGAGUGACAGCGGGACAGGGACACGGGGACAGCUCAGCAGGGACAAUGGGACAUGUGGAGGGGGACACCAGGAUGUGACAGGAACAGUGGAGUGUGACAGGGACGUGGAAACUGGGACAGCUCAGUGAGGACAGCAGGGUGUGACAC